UUCUCUUUAAUUAAUGCACACCAAGGCAUGAAAAAGGAGAAUAAUCAGGUUUUUCUCACUCCUCCCUCUCCGGUCACACUAUCACUUACCUCCGUGAACCCAAACCAUAUGGAAACCCAGGAAAACGACAGCCUCGUCGUCGAGGCGGAGCCUUCCACUUCCGCUCCCGACGGCGACGAUCCCCUCCGUCAGAGCUCCGAAGUGUUGGCGAGAGGCUUGUCUUCCAUGCUCUCUUCGGUGAUUACCGAUUUCGAUUGCAGAGCUAACCAAACUCUCCGAAGCCAGGACCACCUCUCUUCCGUCCUCGAUCGUCUCACGGGAGAACUUGAUCAGUUGCUUGAAGAUGCACCUUUGCCAUUCAUAAUGCAGCAUGCUGCCAAGAUUUCUAGUGUUAGGAAAAGAGUUUCAUCCCUGAAUUCACUUCUAAAGUCCAUACAAGGGCGGAUUGAUAAUAUAGAUCGCAUGAUAUCUUUUGGUACUGCUCAUGAGAAAAACAACCAAUGAAGUUCUAGGUGAAAUGUCGUCAGAAUAAGCAGCUUCCAUUCUUCCCUCAUGUACUUAAUAUGUAAUGUAUCCUUCAAUUGAAUUCUUAUUGUCAAGCACAUACCAGCUUAGUGCCAGUUAAGGAGUAAGGAUUUUAGAAUAGGAAUCCAGUAACAAGCUGUAUUUGGGUUACUUUUGACACUUCGUGUUCAAAGUCUCAAGUAAAAUUCAUUUCAUUCAUUAAGGAAUUCUUAUUUUGAACUGAA